AAAAAAAAUGUCUGCUAGUUUCAGUAUCAGAAAAUUACGAGUGUGGAUUUAGCAGAUGACGACAUAAAUUUUAAAUAAAUAAAUAAAACUUGGGUCCCGUUGUUUCCAUGGAUUCAAUCGAUCAAACUGUUGAUUAUCAAUAACAAUAAAUAAUAAUUUAUAACGAUGGCGAGCACUGCUGUGAGUUCAGAUAAUAAACGGACCGGAAGUAAUAAUUUGGCGACUAUUUAUGGCAGAGUACCGACAGUUGGGGCUGACAAAAUGAAAGUGACAUUUUGUACGGAUAUGGAUAAAUCUGUAAUUGUUUAUAAUUUUGAAAAGCGAGGAUGGACCCAAGUUGGGCCUGAAGAUGACUGGAAUUUUUAUUGGGCGGUCACUCAAUCAUGCAGAAGUAUUUUUAGCGUAGAAACCGGAUAUCGUAUGGGAGAUAAUCAGACAAUUAAUCAUUUUCCAAACCAUUAUGAAUUAACGCGGAAAGAUUUGCUGGUAAAAAAUAUAAAAAGGUAUAGGAAAGAUUUAGAAAGAGAAGGAAGUCCUUUAGCAGAAAGAGGAGACGGUCCAGGAAAAUAUCUUCACCUUGAUUUCAUACCAGUAACUUUUGUUUUGCCUGCUGAUUACAAUAUGUUCGUUGAAGAGUAUCGCAAGUCUCCGCAGAGCACCUGGAUCAUGAAACCCUGCGGAAAGUCUCAGGGUGCGGGUAUUUUUUUGAUAAACAAACUCAGCAAAUUGAAAAAGUGGUCACGCGAAGCCAAAAAUCCAUUCAAUCCCAAUUUAUCCAAAGAGUCUUACGUGAUUUCAAGGUACAUCGACAAUCCUCUUCUGAUAGGCGGUAAAAAAUUUGACCUGAGAUUGUACGUACUGAUAACUUCCUUCCGUCCGCUCAAGGCCUAUCUCUUCAAGUUGGGGUUCUGCAGAUUUUGCACUGUCAAGUACGACACAAGUAUCCAGGAGCUUGACAAUAUGUACGUACACCUGACAAAUGUUUCCGUACAAAAACACGGUGAUGAGUAUAAUAGUCUCCACGGAGGCAAGCUGAGUGUUCAAAAUCUUCGUCUUUAUUUAGAAAGUACAAGAGGCAAAGCUGUUACUGAAAAAUUGUUUGCUAAUAUUUCAUGGUGUAUUGUUCAUUCAUUGAAAGCCGUUGCGCCAGUUAUGGCUAAUGAUAGACAUUGUUUCGAGUGUUAUGGAUAUGAUAUCAUCAUUGAUAAUAAACUUAAACCCUGGUUAAUUGAGGUAAAUGCAUCUCCUUCUCUGACAUCAACGACUGUCAACGACAGAAUAUUAAAGUACAAGCUUAUCGACAACAUAAUCUCAAUUGUAGUACCGCCAGACGGAGUGCCAGAUGUCAGAUGGAACAAGUGUCCCUCGCCAGAGGCGAUGGGGAAUUUUGAAUUACUACUGGAUGAAGAGCUUUAUGCACUUGAAGAAAAGGAAGGUCCUUCAGGAAAGUAUAGAUAUUCAUCAAGUAAAUGGAAAUAAUU